AUGACUAGAUUAGAUCACAAUAAUAUUAAUAAUAAUCAUAUUAAAAGUACAGAUCCACCAAGUAAUCAAGAAGAUACAACAACAAGAUAUUCAACAAGAUCAAUCAUUGAAUCAAUCAAUCAAUGUUCAACAUUAAUAUCAUUCAUUCAAUCGAAUUCAGACACAAUAUUCAAUCAAUACACUUUAGAUAUCAAUCAUGAUAAUCAUUACGAUAUCAAAGAUAUUCUUUCACAACAAUAUAAUAAUGAUACAGAUUCAAUGUUAUUAGAUUCAAUUUAUAAGAUAAAUAACAACAUCAACAACACAACGAAAUCAAUAAUCAAACAACAAUCAUUUAAUGAUUAUUAUUUUAGGGAAUCUUCAUAUUCCUUAAAAGGUCAACAGAAAUUAGAAAAUCUCUUUAAAUCUUCAGUAGAUCUUUUCACUUUACCAUUUGAACAACCACAACUUAUUAUCAAUGACAAACAAAACACCAAACACACCUAUAUCUUUUCAACACAUUCUGAUAAUGGAGCAACAUUAUAUUGUCCAGUUAUUCAAGUUGGUGAUACCAUCUAUUCAUUCAAUAUCCGGGAGAAUAAUUAUUUCACAUACUCGAUUACCACAAAACAAAUGAAAAUCCGUGAUAUCGAUUAUGAUGAUGAAAUUAUUAAUUGCACAUUAUCCUAUGAUGGUAAAGAUCAUAUCUAUUUGAUGGAUAACUACUAUGGAGAUGAUGAAGAGGAAGAUGAUGAUAAUGAUUCUCCUUUCCUCCCAUCCACAAUUUCGUUCUGGUACAAAAGCAAACUCUAUACUUUUUCCGAUUUCAAUAUUUAUAUGUCAAUUUAUGAUCCAACCAAAGACGAGAUAGAAGACAUCGAUAUGCCUAGUGAGAUGGAAUAUUAUUGUGCAUGCACCGAUGGCAAUGGAAAUGUCUAUUUCUACACAAAUAACAAAACUUUUCAUCGUUUCAAUGUCGACACCUUGAAAAUGGUCGAUCUGAAAUCUAAUCAACAAUUUCCUAAUUCUUUGUUGUAUCACAAGUUUUCAGAUGAACAAUCAUAUAUUUAUGUUCUUCGUGGAAAUCAAUAUAACAAAGAAAAUCAAAGAUAUUCAAUCGAGAAUGAUCAAUGGGAGAUCAUUUUUACAAAAGAUGAUUAUUGUAGAUCUUGUUAUGUGCUAUCGAUUUUACAUGAAAAAAAGGGAAAACAAACUGAGGUUGCAUUGCAUUUUCUCAUUCUUCCAAUUGAGUUUUCUACUACUAUUCGUACUUGCUUUAUCCUAUUAUCAAAUGUCUUUAGUUUUUCUUCUGAGAGAUCAGGAGGUUCACUUCCUUCACAGAAAGGAACAGGUUUUGAGACCCAAAGAUAA